AUGAGACGUCCGUUUGGUACCGGCUUGUUUGCCACGAUGCUGAUGUGCUGUGCCCUGGCUGUCGUUCUGACGCCGGAUCAGGCGUACGCCAGGCCACCCCCUUUGCUUAGCAGGCAGAGGCGAGUUUCGGACCAAAGGCUGGCCGAGAUAGAGACUCUUCUGGGGUUGGAGAACGUUCGAGGGAAGGUAGUCACGGUCCCCGUUGCAUUCGGUGUGUUGGAUCCAGAUAAAAUGUGAAGGCGACGAAGAUCAGCCACGAACAAUCGAUUCGAGACCCUGCAACGCAUCAUGCGAAUCGUCGCGAACAAUCCGAACGUGCUCGACGGUGAGAAGAUUCUCUCCUUGCCAUUGAAGAUUACAGAGCCCAGGCGAGGCGAGUCCGACGUCGAAUACCAGUUCAUUUAA